CAGUUUUCCUCAGAAAAUGCAUUUUUGCCGAUCAAUCUGCCCGUACUUGUUGCACAAGGCGGACGAAUUUCGACUUUAAACUUUUCCGCCCUGUGCAAGUAAUUUUAGUCAAUUUCCCAAUUAAAUGAAAACCGUUAUACUCGCAAUUUACUGCCAUUUUAAUAAGCUUCCAUUACUGUUAACUAUUCAAACUAAUUGCGAUAACGUUAUUGACGAAAAUAAACCAACUAGUUGACCCCUCGCUUAUCUCCAGCCAUGUUAUAAAAUACUGUAGGCCUGAGCCGUGCAGUUGCAAUUCUGCUUUCGAAAAAUACGUAGCAAAAAUGUCCGGAAUUCUGCCGGAAACUUUCGUGCCAGGGUUUCACGAUGAAGCGCAAGUUAGGAAGAUGGUUUACAACGACUUCGGUAGCACCGGCUUGAAGGUAUCGAAGCUGUCGUUUGGAACCGGCGUGUUUUGUUACGCCUACAAUGAUGUCAGUGUGGAAAACUGCAGGGAAACUCUGCUUAAAGCGCUCAAAAUGGGAGUGAACUAUAUAGACACCGCGCCCUAUUACGGCCAUGGUGAAUCUGAGGAAGUUCUGGGCAAAAUCCUUGAAGGUAUUCCACGCAAAGCCUACUACAUCGCAACGAAGGUGGGCCGAUACGAAAAGGACUUAAAAGAGCAGUUUAAUUUUUCCGCUGAGAAAACCAAGCAAAGCAUCGAAGCGUCGCUCCAGAGGCUCAGGCUGGACUAUGUGGAUGUUUUGCAGGUUCACGACGUUGAAUUCGCACCCUCCCUAGACAUGGUAUUAAAUGAAACCCUGCCAACUGUUCAAGAGAUUGUUAAGUCCGGCAAGGCGAGGUUUAUGGGCGUGACUGGAUAUCCAGUGAGGACAUUGGCCGAAUGUGUGCAGAAAAGUCCGGUCAAGCUGGACAUGAUCCUCUCCUACGCCAGGCUCACCUUGUUUGAUGAGACUUUAAAAGAGUUCCUGCCGGUCUUCAAAAAACACCAUUUAGCUGUAGUGAAUGCAGCAGUCAAUGGGCUGGGGCUGUUGACUAACCGAGGAGAACGAUCCUGGCACGUUGCCACCAAGCAGAUAAAGGACGUUUGCGCCACCGCAAGACAAUUAUGUAUUCAAAACGACGUUGAAUUAGGAAAACUAGCGGUUUGGCACAGUUUGCAGCAAGAAGGCCCAGCUACCACCCUGGUGGGGAUGGAUUCUGUUGAAAUAGUGGACUACAACUUGGAAGUGUUGCACAAUGGAUUGACUUUCAAGGAGCGGGAAUUAUACCAGCAGGUUUUGGGAGUGUUCAAAACUUUAAAGGACCGACACUGGGAAAACCACGAAGUGGCCAAGUAUUGGGAACUAAUGACCAUUUCAACCAAAUAAAUUCGCUGUAAACCAUCUGUAUUCACUCUUAACAUAAGCUAUUGGAAAUAAAUCCUUUCCGCUUUCAUCCCAUACCGGGGACUCUGUAGAGAAAUUGCCCGUUGCUAUCAUAGUAGCAGUCGUUCAAUUUAUAUGUGAACCCUCUUUUGUAAAUACCCCUAGGUAUAGUGAUGUGUUCGGGGUAAAUUAAAUGUGAUAAAUCUGG